AUGGCCAAGUCCAGGGUUGCCCCACUAGCAAAGGUAACAGUGCCACGAAUGGAGUUAACAGCCGCUACCACUGCUGCACGGAUGAGCAAACUGAUAGAACAUGAUCUUCAGUACCCUAUUGCAGAAACAGUAUUUUGGACAGAUAAUUGGACCAAGUUGAAAAGGGUUACUGCCCACUUCAUCAUCUUCCGAAACCACCUGAGAAACAAGAUAAACAUGAGAAAAGGAAGCAAGCCUGUGAAAUUGGAGCUGAACAUGUCGAGAGACAUUCUCGAAGAAGCAGAGAGGUCAGUAAUCUCCUAUGUACAAAGACAAACUUAUGGAGAAGAGAUUACUUGCCUGAAACGGAGGAAAUCAGAUGGGACUGGAUUGAAAUCCAUGCCAAAGACAAGCACUUUGUUCAAGUUGGACCCAAUACUUGAUGAAGGCAUUCUACGUGUUGGCGGCAGACUAGAGAGAGCUCAACUGCAAUACAACGCCAAACAUCCUGUGAUUAUCCCAAAAACCUCUCCACUGGCAAGAUUGAUCCUAGAAUAUGUCCACAGAUUAACUGGUCACUCGGGUAAAACAGCAAUGCUAGCUACAUUGAGACAGAACUACUGGAUCCCAGGUGCAUCAGUGCUUUUGAAGAGCAUCACGUCAAAGUGCGUGCUGUGCCGGAAAUACAAGGCUGUGACCCAGAUUCAGAAGAUGGCUGACCUGCCGGCAGACCGCCUAAUCCCAGGAGAUCCUCCCUUUACUAAAGUAGGUAUGGACUACAUCGGACCGUUCCAAGUCAAACGAGGACGGGCAGCUGUAAAACG